AUGGCGUCGAAGCGAGCCAGCUCCGGCGACGAGCAGCAGAAGCUGUCGCCUUCUGGCCUUCCGGUCCGCAAGAUCCCGGGAGGCUACGGCGUCCCCUUCUUCUCGCCGCUGCGCGAUCGCUUGGACUACUUCUACUUCCAGGGCGCGGAGGAGUACUUCCGCUCCCGCAUCGCCCGCCACGGCGGCGCCACCGUGCUGCGCGUCAACAUGCCGCCGGGGCCCUUCUUCUCCGGCGACUCCCGCGUCGUUGCUCUCCUCGACGCGCGCAGCUUCCGCGUCCUGCUCGACGACUCCCGUGUCGACAAGGCCGGCACGCUCGACGGCACCUACAUGCCCUCUCUCGAGCUCUUCGGCGGCCACUGCCCGCUCGCGUUCCUCGACGGCGCCGACCCGCGCCACGCCGCCCUCAAGCGCGUCAUGAUCCGCCUCGCCGCCGCGCGGAUGCACCACGUCGCGGCGGCGUUCGGCGCCGCGUUCGCCGCCACGUUCGACGCCGUCGAGGCCGGUCUCGCGGCGUCAGGCGCCGUGGACUUCAACAAACACAACAUGCGCCACAUGCUCGACUUCACCUGCGCGGCGCUGCUCGGCGGUGCGCUGCCGUCCAAGGUCAUCGGCGACGCCGCCGCGGCCAAGGCGUUCAAGUGGCUGGUGUUCCAGCUCCACCCUAUCGCGAGCAAGGCCAUCAAGCCGUGGCCGUUAGAGGACCUGCUCUUCCACACCUUCCGCCUGCCGCCGUUCCUCGUGCGCCGCGACUACGCCGAGCUGACGGCCUACUUCGCCGACGUCGCCGCCGGCGUCCUCGACGACGCCGAGAAGGCUGACCCGGGCGCCAUCCCGCGCGACGAGCUCCUCCACAACCUCAUCUUCCUCGCCAUCUUCAACGCCUACGGCGGCUACAAGAUCUUCCUCCCGCACCUCGUCAAGUGGCUCGCCCGCGGCGGCGCGGAGCUGCACGCCAGGCUUGCCGACGAGGUCCGCGCCGUCGUCCCCGCGGGCAGCACCGGCGCGGUAACUCUCGCCGCCGUGGAGAAGAUGCCGCUGGUGAAGUCGGUGGUCUGGGAGACGCUGCGCAUGGACCCGCCGGUGGGGUUCCAGUACGGCCGCGCGCGGCGCGACAUGGUCGUCGAGAACCACGACGCCGCAUACGAGGUGAAGAAGGGCGAGAUGCUGUUCGGGUACCAGCCGCUGGCGACACGCGACGAGCGCGUGUUCCAGCGCGGCGGCGAGUUCGUCCCCGACCGGUUCGCCGCCUCCUCCGACGACGAGCGGCGGCGGCUGCUGGAGCACGUAGUCUGGUCAAACGGGCCGGAGACCGGCGCGGCCACGGAGGGGAACAAGCAGUGCCCCGGGAAGGACACCGUGGUGGCGGUGGGAAGGCUGAUGGUGGCGGAGCUGUUCCGUCGGUACGACACGUUCGCGGCCAGCGUGGAGGAGAACCCGUUGGAGCCGGUGGUCACGUUCACGUCGCUGACGAAGGCUGCCGCUGCGCGUCAUUGCGACGGUGAGGCGUGACGCUCGUGGUAAGAUUACACUAUUACACUAUCAGAGUGCCAUAUGUGUUCGAGAGUUUGCUUGGAUUGCGUGUCAGCUGCAUAUGCAGCUGAUUUGGCAGAUGUUAGAGUUGACCCUGUGAAUCAGAAGCAUGUGGAGCUGA